GAGGUUGGAAAAAAGCCGUGUGCGCAAGCGUCCUCAUUCUGUAUUUUCUGAUGGAGGCUUGUGUUGUGACAGAUGUGUUGAUAUACAGUAGCGAUACGGCGUGAAACGAGAGAGACGGAGAGUCACUGCAGGACUCGUGAGCUACUCUUUCCAGCAACCCCAGCACUUUCCAGCGGCACAACUCUCCCCCUCUUUUUACCUCUAUCACACCAUCUGUUUAUUCUUUCAUCUAUCUCUCCUCUCUGCUGCCUUCCCACUCUCAACCUCUUUCCUCCUCUCUCUCUUCACAUGACCCCGCUCUUCAGCCCACCGAUCAACAGCGCUUAACUUCCUUCUUCGUACGCUCACCAUCCUGCUUGUCUUCCUCAGCAUUUCCUCCUCCAUAUGUGACCGACGCAUGAAUUCGCUCAAUGAAAUGACCUGUAACAGACUUACAAGUGUAAAAUGCAGUCAGAGUUGCAUUCUUGUAAAUGUGGCAUGUCUGUCCUGACCCGCUGCUUUCUUGCUCUCUCGGGGUCAGGAAGUGGGCAAGAGGGGGCAGAGGUGUGGGUGAGUAUAGCGUAGAGAGGAGGUGACGGAGGGAGGAGAGAAGGAGGAGUGGAGAGUUCACCCCUCCACUUGUUAUCAGUUUGUUCCUCCUUCUUGGCCACACACUGACAGAGUCAGAGACGCGGAGAGAGUGAGACAGAGGAAGAGUGUAUUCAUGUGUGUGAGAGGAAGAGGACCUCACUGAACGACUGCACAUAUAUUCAUCAACAUGACAAAGAACGGUCCUGUUGCAUCCAUGGAUUACUCGCAUAUGUGGUUGCCAGGUAUGUGUCUGGAGUACCAGGGAGGUUGCCAGGUUGGUCUCUUCCGAGGUUUAUUGAUGGAUUCAUUAGAAAUGCAGGGACGUCUGAGGUCAUCAGGCCAAGAAGAUAUCAGAAUGUUAAAGCCAGUAGAGGUUGAGAAUCCGGCGGCAGACUCUCCGAUGGAGAGCACAGACUCCGAAAGAAACGGCUCAGAUUCAAAUAAUCAGGUUCAGCCGAUGAAAAUCAACCCUUUCUCACUUUCUCCCACACUGAGCAGCAGCCCCAAGACUAAGGUGGAGGAUUGUGGUGAGAUGUCUCCCGCUGCUAUACAAACUACACAUGCUCAGACGGCCCUUCCCCACACACAGCUGAUGCUAACGGGUGGUCAGCUCGCAGGGGACAUUCAGCAGUUUCUGCAGCUGCAGCAGUUAGUCCUCGUUCCAGGACACACUCUGCCUUCACCCGCACAGUUUCUUUUACCACAAACACAGCAAGGGCAGCAAGGGCUGCUAUCAACGCCAAAUCUAAUUCCACUACCUCAGCAAAACCAAGGAAGCCUGCUGGCCGCUCCACACAGACUUAGUCUUCAAGCACAGAGAGAGAAGGUUGCAGACAGCAUCGUGAACACAGUGACCUCUCAUCCUGAGGAGCCCAGUGAUCUGGAGGAACUGGAGCAAUUUGCCCGCACAUUCAAACAGAGAAGGAUCAAACUGGGCUUCACACAGGGUGAUGUGGGAUUGGCCAUGGGGAAGCUCUAUGGGAAUGAUUUCAGUCAGACCACGAUCUCUCGCUUUGAGGCGCUUAAUCUCAGCUUCAAGAACAUGUGCAAACUCAAACCUCUGUUGGAGAAGUGGCUGACUGACGCAGAAACAAUGUCGAUGGACAGCACCUUGCCAAGUCCCAGUGCUCUUUCCUCUCCUUCCCUGGGGUUUGACGGCCUGCCGGGCCGCCGUAGAAAGAAACGCACCAGCAUUGAGACCAACAUCCGUGUCGCUCUGGAACACAGCUUCAUCACGAACCAGAAGCCUACCUCAGAGGAGAUUCUACUGAUCGCCGAGAAGCUCAAUAUGGAGAAGGAGGUGAUCCGUGUCUGGUUCUGCAACCGCCGACAGAAAGAGAAACGUAUUAACCCCUCCAGUGCCACCCCUCCCUUGCCCAGCCAACCCCAGCCCACCUCGCACAAACCCCCCUGCUACAGCCCGCACAUGAUGCCCAGUCAGGGACCAUCACAGACAGUGAGCAGUCUCAGUACAGCAGUGACCACUAUGUCAUCGGUUUGCCCUUUGACCCCAAGUGGCCCCUCCCUAAGCUCUGCACCAUCUCCUGUAACCCCGCCUCCUCGCAGUGAUGCCAGCCCCGCCCCUCCAACUCACAGUACACUAAGUCUGAACACAGGUUUAUGGCAUAAAAAGAAUGGUGACGUUUCUAACUACAUCAAUGACUUUGCUGCAAGUUUGAGGAAUACGGUGAGGGGAGUUAAAACAGGAAUCAACCAAGCUCUUCUUGGCAGCAACCCACUUGCUACUAUACAAGCCCUAGCAGCCAGUGGUGGCCAGCUGCCCAUUUCCAGUCUUGAGGGCAGCAGCAAGGUGUUAAUUUGUGGUUCUGGAGGCCAAGGAGCAGGUCUUCCCUCUUCCCUCUUUCUCAACCACUCCUCUUUGUUGCCAAGGGCAACAGGCACCAGCAUGGGAUUGGGCGGUUCAGCUCUUGCCAAAACCUCAUUUCCUGUCACAGGCGGCAUGAGUCCCUCCCCUUGCUCGAGCCCAAUCUCUUCCUGCUCUUCAGGCGAAUUGCUACACAGCCCACACUCGAUAGGAGGGGCUAAAAUCGAGUGACGUUGCCCAAGACCAAUCACAAGAGGAGGAGAAGGAGGAGAUGAAACCUUACCUGUCAACCAAAGCAUCUCUUGAUCCCCUCGCUCCCUUUCGGUUCCUCUCAUUCUCACUCUCUCUCUUCCACUCUCCCACUCUACUGAUGCCAAAAAUAUAUAAAGAGUGGAAGAGGGGAGAGAUGGAGAGACGGAGUGGAAGGAGGAAGGAAGAGGAGAGGAGAGAAAAUGAAACCAAAAAAACACCACGCGGCUUAGCGGGACAGUUAAAUAAAUAAAAGGAGAAAAAAUUAAAAACUGUAGUGCAGUUUCAAGAUAAUGAAGACAUCCUUGAGCAACAAAAACAUAGAAAAAAAAGAAUGAACUUCACUGUGUGUUAUAGAAAAACUGCAACUCUUUGAAGCAAACAUGUGAAGUACUGAAUACCAAAUAGUAUGAUGGAACUCUGAGAGACUCGCUAUGACAAACAAAUACAAGCAUACCAAAUACCAAAAACAAACACCAAAAAUACGGAUGGAAAAGCUUUAUCCAAAGGACCUGUAAAUAGCCAACCGUCCAGGACCAGACCCAGUGACAACAAUCCAGCCAUCUCUGAGCUCAUCAUCAUCUUUCAUGUUUUUUUUUAUUAUGUAAUGUUAAAUGUGAUCGAGCCGGACCCAAACGCUGUUGUGAUUCUCUGGAUCGUCCACAUUCUAGUCGAUUUUUAUUCUCAGAAGUAGCAGAUAUUUACAUCAGUCUUUUUUGCAUCUAUGAUCAUCAUCAUCAUUCCAUGUCUUAUUCCACAUAUCAAGAGGAUUGUGUGUUUGGUCUUUGAUGUUUAUCAUAUAAGCACUGCAUAGCUUAAUGCACUUGUUUGUCCGAUGACAUGAAUGUCAUAUAGUAUAAUAAAAGUGAGAACAAGCUCCUCUCUAGCUUUCACGCCUCAAGUUGAGUGUAAAUAGUUUAAUUUCUCUCUUAAUAAUUGUGCUUGUAUACUUCCUCAUUCCAUUUCAUGCCUCCCUCAGUCACUUUCUCCCUUUUGAAUACCAAAGCGAUUCAUUCAUUCAUGAUCAGUUCAUCAUUCUCAUGAUGCAGAAUGAGAAGGGGGUGGGCUUACCUUGAUGAGGCUACUCUGGUAAGACAGCAUGGCAACAUGGGAAACGUGUGGGAUCUGUCACGACGAAGGGGCUCCCGUCCUCUCUGCUGCUUCUACAAGCCAACUUCACAGCCAGCCAAACUCCCCGUAAAGGAAAACCAAAAACAAACCAAGCCAAAAAUAAAAAAUGGAUGGAGGAGAAAAGUGCGUCGCUGUACAGAAAAAAAGAGCAUCCGCUCAUGCACCUCUGGACUAAGGUCACCCAGAACCAUGUAGCAAGGGAUGCGCCUCUGCCUCCUGUCAUUCAGACUCUUCCUGGUCCUGGGUGGUGGGAUCUUUGAUGACCUCACUGGACUCAUCUGAAGAAGAUGUUUCGGGUUCAUUUGGGGGUUGGGAGGGUUGUUACUUUUGGUCUUUCGUUCCCGUCUGUCUGCUUUGUGGGAUUUUUCUUGGCUAUGUGUGUAGAUUUGUGUGCAUUCAUUUGGGGAAAAGGUAUUCACGUUUUUGCAGGAAUCUCAUUUUUUUAUGUUUCUUACUUGUUCCUAUCUAGUUGUGUUAGAGACUCUAAUCAGGUGGUUGAAACAAUACUGUGAAAAAUUCAGUUCAACAGAUAAGAAACCAGGAUAAACACGCUCAAGUACAUCCAAAGAAUCAACGUCGAGUAUAAACAAGCUUUAAAGAGAACCAAAUAUUACAUACACAACAACUUACAUGGUCUCAUCCACCUUACCGUUGUAUUUAUAUUGUGCUGAAAUCUGUAGUCAGUGAGCGCUGCAGGUUCAACGAGGGAUACAUGACCUCAGUUCUCUGCGUUACUGUAUAGUCUGAUUGGGUCAGUUAGUGCUUCUAUAGAUUUUGUAGUAAAUGAUCUAUGAUAUAAUGCUUACUAAUUGCUAAUGUAUGAAAAAAAAAAACAUUGUGAAAAGAUAAAAAAUGUUGAUAUUUACUUAGACCAAAAAUUCACACUAUCUCUCUUUUGGGUUUUCUUCCUCCCCCAUUUUAAGACAUUGAUUUCUUUAUUUAUUCUCCUCUUGCUUGUUUGUGAAUUUUCUUAAAAAAACUUUUUUAUUAUUAUAUUUAUUUAAUAUAUUCCAGACACCAAUUUUGUAGUGGGUGUGUUUGAGGCACCAGAUUGUAUUCAAAUGUAAACUUCCUUUGCCAAGGCGACCUUUCAAACCAAAUCCAUUGACAAAUGCAACCGUCGGUCCAAAUUGACCGGCCGCUAAUCGACAUCCGUAUGGGCGAAGACUCGUCUUUGUGACCUCUUAGCUGUUCCUUACUGAACAGAGCCUGUGGGGGGAAACAUAUCAGGGGAAAAUGCAGCACUGUGUUACUUCUGCUCAAAUGUUUCUGCAGCAUUCUUUCAAUGCUGAAGUAACCAUACAGAGUAAAAGCAUGCACUGCCAUGGCUUAGAAGGGAUAAGGUUGUAUAGGAACGUGUAUUGUAUCUGUACAUACCUGUCUCACAACUGCUGAUGUUACGGAUGUUGUUGCUAUGGUUACUGUGGUGAUGGCUACUGCAUGCAUGUGACAGCGUGGAGCACAGUGCUGCCGCGAGCCUUGACCUGAAAGCUUUAAACAGCUACAAAACCAAAAACUUUAGGAGAGGAAAGAUGGAGGGAUUUGGGGUUCCUGGAUAGAAAAUACAUCAAAAUGCAUGUAUUGUAUGACAGCUGAAAAGUAUCAGUGCUCCAUCUUUCUCUCUUUUUGCUCUCUCCCUCGCUCCUUCUCCUCUUUGUCCUAUUUAUAUUCCUGCUUAGUUUUUUUUUUUGUAUUUAUUUCGUAGCAUGUCUGUUGUUCUGUCUCCUGGUUAUGGGGUGUAGAAGAGAGAUAGUUACUCAUAUAGCCCUACCUCAAUCUCUUAAUGAAAAACCAAAUAGAUAAAUGCUUUAAACAGAGAAGCGGGCUGCAUCCAUCAGCAGGGGCCGAGGAGAAGUGUUCUGAUCGGUCCAGGGAACAUUUAGACAAAAAAAUGAGGAUGAAACAUUUAAAGAACUUUACUGAUGCUCUGGCAUGUUCACUCCCUCGGCCCCUGGGACCAUUUUUCCAGUCACCAAACACAGGGCAGGACACAUACAAACACCUUUUCAUGUAUGCACACUUAUUGUGCACGUGCAUGUAUGUAUAAGUCGGACAUGUGACUGAAGAGCAGGCGGUGACUGUUGUUGCUAGGUGACAAAUUGUAUAUCUUAAAACGCAGGAGUGGAAUAAAAGGGGAAGCCUUAUCUCUAGUUAUCUUUUCUCUAGCUUUCCUUCUCACGGUUACAGUCAGCCGCAGUUCCGGAUGUCUUAAAAACUUAACGAGGACGAUAUGCAAGUAGUAGCAGCAGCGUAAGGGAGCGUGUUUAAAGUGUGAGUCUCUCAGUGGCGCGAAUCUCCAGAGAAUGAUACCAAAGCAGCACGCUUCUCUGAGACCGAGCACAACACACACGCUCCCUAAAAUCAUGUAAACAAUCCUUGAGUUUGAUUCGCAGCGGUUUCUCAAUUUAUUCAUUAGUUCCAAUCGGAAAUGGGUAAAAAUUAACCGGAAAAUAAAAAUCAUAACAUUUCAAAAGGCCUGACCAAGAGAACUGCAAAUAUUAGUCUUUUCGUUUUCAUUCUACGCUCUAAUUGUUGUUUUACAUGCUCUCUCUCAUUACAUAUUAUACAUUAAAUAUUAAUCAUAAUAAUAAUACAUAACAGCUUCAGUCCAAAGGUGUUUAAAAACACGUCUAGUUAAACCAAAGAGCUCCACUAACACAUCCUCAGCUGUUUUCUUUUGUCUCUUUUCCUGGUCACCUAGCAACCCAGUUUCUGAAGGUAUAACCUCAACUAUCCAAAGUAAAUAGAUCAUUAUGAAAUGUAUAUUUUUUAAUUUAUUAUUCGGGGGGAAAUCUUCAUGGUGGUGAUGAUGAUCUUAAAGAAAAUACUUGGUAUGUCUGUAAUGAAUUUCUGUUUCCGUUUUCGGGUGUUAGUGGUGUUAAUCUGUCCUCUGAAUCUUCUCCCUGAUUUCAUGUUCUGUGCGUAAAUGAGAGCGCGUGCGUGCGUCAUCUGUGUGUACAUAUGAUCGUGUGCGCGUGAACGUAUUUUACACUCUAAAAUUGGACAGAUAUACAGUUAUCUUGACAGAGUGGAUAUGUGCGUGAAUGUGUGCGUCAUUUUUGCUUGUUUAUGUACGUUGUCAUGUUUUCCCCCCCUUUUUCAUCCUUUUUUUUCUCACUCGAGUUGAGCAGUUCCUUUUUCUUCUCUUCUGUCCCUUCUCUCUUUUUCUCCCUAUGGUGACAGGUUAGCCUUUUGGUGUAAUUAUCUCUGAAACCAAAAAAUAGUUGACAAAUAACUCACUUGUUCAUUGUACAGUGCUGUUCAUUUGAAGUCAUUUUUGUAACUGAAAGUGUUUCACUCAUCUGAAUAAAAUCGGUAGAGAAAAAGAACAGUGAGUGGAAAUGUUGUCUUUUACCUGUGAGUUUGUGUAAUCGAUGUGAGAUGUAUGAUGCUGUCGGUCCUCGCUCGGCCGCUGGGUGGCAGCAGCAGCCACGUGCUGUUCUCCUUCAUCUAUGAAUCAUCCGUAAGAGCUUCUGCCUCCACAUGGUGCCACAACUAGUCACCUAUAGAUCUGUCUGUUUCUCUCUUUUCUCCCUCUUUUUCCACUUUUCACAGCUCUCAUUUGCUCGUCUGACUCAUAGGACAUCUGGUCUUUGCCAGACAGCCCGUCUUUUAAUCAUGAUCUAUUCCUCUCCAAUUUAGCCGAUUAAAAAUCUCACCUUUGCAAGAUUUUGAUGUCUUUACAUCUGCUAUUAAAAAAACACAUCAACCGAAGCUUAACUUUAGUUAUGGAAAUGAAAGUUUAUCUA